AUGGAAGAAAGAGUAGGUUCGACGGACGUAAAAGACAGAAAUUCAUCCUCCACUCCGGAUGAACCACCCACGUCACCUCUAGCCAGGUUCUUCAGAACUGUAAUUACACGUACAGAAUCUCUUAUUAACGCCCUAAAAUGCAGCAUAAGAAAGGAUCCGACUCAUCAGGACGUUUUCAGCAAACUAACGGUACUCCGAAGUGCUUUGGUUGUCUACAUCGUUGCCUUCAUCUUCAGUCUAAUCGUGACAAGGACAACAUUCAGUGGUCAUUGUGUGGGGAAUGUCGAUUACAGUUCCAGCCUAUUAGGAUCACCUAUAUAUUCACCUCUCGGAUACAGUGCUUGUGAAAGCAACACCAACGUCAUUAGGGGUAGCGUAAGUCACUGCCAUUGCGGAAAUGACGAAAGGCACCCGUUUCUGCUCCUGACGGAAGGCGGCUCUCGUCAACAGCGAAAAUUUGACUCCAAUUCGCGUGCUUUGAAUAUAUUGGGAGCUGUAGACACAAACUACAUUCGAAUUUAUGGAGAAUGGUUCAGGAUAGUUACAGCCAUAACAUUACACGCAGGUUGGAUGCAUCUGCUCAAUAAUGUCUUGCUACACUGCAUCGUAUUCUACGUCAUCGAACCAGACUGGGGUCUCUGUAGAACACUGGUUGGAUAUUUUGUCACCGGAUGUGGCGGAUACCUAGUCGGCGCGGUUUUCAUCCCCUGUCUCCGGCAGGUGGGAUCUUCAGGAGUUCAUUUCGGUUUCUUAGGAGCUAUGAUACCAUAUUGCGUGGAGCAUUGGCAUAAAAUGGGAUCACCCACAGUAAUUCUGAUAAUGAGUAUGGUGGUUCCUAUGGUGGACCUAGCGGUGAAGGAAAAAAACAUUGGUCUUCACAUACAUCUGGGUAGUUAUCUGUUUGGUAUACUCUACGGCUUCGCAACAAUAAAAUCGGUAACUUUGUUUGACGGAGGUGCCCUCCAUCAGCGUUUAGUGUUGCAGUUGUUUUCACGCUGGCUGAGUGAGACAAGCACAACAAAAUGGAAACGGAAUGUAGUAAAAUCUAGUCAGAUUGAAGAGAUGGAUAAACUUCAAUACGAACAAUUGGCAGCCGCUAAAGCAAACCAUUGGUCAUUUGUCAAGCGUUUAUUUGGCAUAUACCCUUUGGGCCCUUAUCGCAUGAGACUUCGUGACAUUGUAACGAGGGCGAUGAGUGCUAUUCUUUUGGUCAUUUUAUUGGUGCUCAUGAUAAUGUUAAUGUACUAUGAGCCCCUAUAUAUACGUUUGAAUUCGGAGGUUACAAGUGCCUUUAGCAGCACCUGCAAGUGCUGCUACAUCAAGAAAAACCCAGAAAACAUUAUACUAAAACUGCAGGUGAUGUACUUGGAGGGCAAGUACUUUUGCUUUAGAAGUAAAGACUACGCCGAUAAGUAUUGCUAA